AUGACCCUUGCACCUAUGCAGAACCCUGUUCAGUUUAAAGUGUAUUUUGGUGGACUUGCAUGGAAGAGACAAGGUGGAGGAAAGACCAUUGAGAUUGACAAAGCUGAUGUAACUGCAGUUACUUGGAUGAAAGUCCCCAGAGCAUAUAAGCUUGGAGUCAGGAUUAAGGAUGGCCUGUUCUACAGAUUUAUUGGCUUCCAUGAAUAG